CUUCGUGGACUCCGUAGCUGUGAAUCGAUCGGUGGCGUCAUGUGACAAAGUUACGUUUUUAAUAAACAGGAAGUACUCAAACCUUAACAACUCAGGUGUAGCAAGUGAUCGGAGCUGUCCGUUAAAUCAUAAUGGAGGCUCGCUUCACCAGAGGCAAGUCAGCUAUUCUCGAGAGGCCUUUGAGCCGGCCGAAAACCGAGGUGAGCGUGAGCGCCUUCACCCUGCUCUUCUCGGAGGUGGUGCAGUACUGCCAGAGCCGUGUGUACUCGGUGUCCGAGCUGCAGGCUCGCCUAGCGGAGCUGGGGCAGCGAGUGGGAGGCAGCCUACUGGACGUGCUGGUGCUGAGGGAGAAAAACGGCAAGAGGGAGACCAAAGUGCUAAACAUACUGCUGUUCAUCAAGGUAUCUGUGUGGAGAGCACUCUUUGGUAAGGAAGCAGACAAGCUUGAGCAAGCCAACGACGAUGACAAGACUUACUACAUCAUCGAGAAGGAGCCCCUCGUCAACACCUACAUCUCUGUUCCCAAGGAGAACAGCACCUUAAACUGCGCGGCCUUCACGGGAGGGAUCAUAGAGGCCAUUCUCACCCACAGCGGCUUCCCCGCCAAGGUCACCGUCCACUGGCACAAGGGCACCACGCUCAUGAUCAAGUUCGAUGAGGCUGUCAUCGCCAGAGACAAAGUACUGGAAGGAAGAUAGGAGGGAGUUGGAUAAGAGGCUGGAGACUUGUCGUCAUUAUGGAUUCUCAGGACUCGAGUGGUAUUAAAAUUCACGUUCAACUAUAAAACGAGUUCUUUAUGUUAGAUAAGCAGGAUUAACAAAGCUGUAAAGAAAAUGACUUUACAGCCUUUCAGUGGAGGUUGAGAUUUGGGAGUUCAGAAUGUAAACAAAACACUACAAGCUCUUUAUUUAAAGCCUUUGUUGCUCUAGUGCUCUUAAAAAAGGGGUUUUGUUUUACCGCACAAUGUAGACCGACACCAGCAACUCCCAAACCAAACAGCUGAUAGAAAAUGUCUCAUUUCCUCAUAUUAGCUUAAAGUUAGUGACUGCAUCUGUGUUGGCAGGCCUGAUGGCAGCACAGGUGUCCACAUGUUUGUACUGCAGGGUCACCGCAACGCUGCUACCUCGACCUAUUCAAGAGGUGAGGCAGCAGCUUUGCGGUUAGCAUGUGUUUAUGCUAAAUAAUGUUUGUACAUGCAUUUUGUUAUUAUAAAAUAUAAGUAAAUGUAUAAGAAAAUGUUUGGGAAUGGGUGUUUUUUUUCUGUCUUUUUUUUUUUUUUUAAUUUUUGGUAUUUAUAAAAGAAACUGUGGUGGUUUCACCAGAAACUAGAAAAUUCAGUAUUGGUAAACCAGGGAGGGGCAGUGAGUCAUUUGUCUCAGAAAGAAAAUAAAAGCACUGCUCUUGUUUCUUAAACUCACAAAUAUGAAAGUAAAUGCUGUGCUGUGAAAAAAGUAUUGACCCAUUUCCUCAUUUCUCUCUUCAUUUCUCCUCAUUUCUUUUUUCUUUUUUUUUUCUUUUUUUGUUAUAUUUGUUAUAUUAAAUUAAAAAAAAUUUGAUGAUCGGAAACAUGCCAGCAUGACAAAAGUUCAACUGAAAGUUAGAAUGGGAUAAAAAAAAUUUCCACAGCACUGCAGGUGGUAAAUGGUAGAGUCAGGUGCCGAGGGUGGCCCUUUUUUAUCCACUGAUCCUUAUUAAAACAAAUUAAAUUUGUACUGCAUUCAGUUAAAUUUGACAUGUUCACUUUUUUUGCGGACAAGGCUUUGUCUAAUUGUUGCUAACGAGAGUGUUACUGCCCAAAUCAGACAGGGAUUGGAGUCCCUUUCGUCAAUCAUAAAAGCUUAUUAAUGGAAUCUUUUUCAUCAUGGUCUUUUUUUGACCAGUGUUUUGAUGCUCACAUCAACUCUUUGAACCACUCUUGUUUUCCAUUUAAGAAAUACUGCUAACCUCAGGACUUUUGCCUUGAAAGCCGCCCCUAAGACCUUAUGGAAAUAGUCCCAUCUCUAUUUUCCUUUUACUUAUAAGCCUUUUACUUUUUUUUUUUUUUAUCUCUUUGGACCUUAGAUUAUACAAUAUCCUGUAAAAGUACUUUAAACUCAUCUGUUCAGACAAGCACAUACCUUUGGUAUGAGAAAUGUUUCAUUUAUUUACUCUUUUAAAAACUAUGUACCUCUGUAAAUCACUUUGUACUGUUCUUGGCCUC